UUGAUGGGACGAAUAUAGCGAAUAAAGGUGACAAUGGUGAUCGAGUGAAGACGACACCUUUACUAGAAAAUGGCGAUCGAGUGAAGGUUACGCUUAACGAUGUUAUGAUUGUUCCGUCACUUGCUGGAAAUUUGCGCUCGGGUAAUCAAGAUGGAAACGAAUGCACCACUUGCCCAAGUAACGUCACCGUUUCAUUACCAAGCGGUAUAACACAGACGAUUCGAUGUCCCUUGAGAGACGUAAACCGCCUCAUUCAUAACGAAAAAGCAAGCCAUCUGUGUUGGUCAACUAAUCACUGCCAGCAAAAAUGUCCGGCACAUUGUCCAAAGUCAUGCAAUAAAACAGGUGAAUGCUGUAGUACAUCCUGCCUUGGUCAGUGCAGCAGUAAUAACAAAUCACACUGUAUGGUGUGUCGAAAAUAUUAUUACAUUCACAACAACCAAACAAGAUGUGUAGACAAAUGCCCGGAUCACAUGUUUCUCUUCAGUGAAAGUCGAUGUUUAACGGAAGAAGAAUGUUACAAAAUAUAUAAACCCCUUCAGCGCAUAGCUGAUAUCACCGACAACUAUCCGUAUGUCCCUGCGCAGGGUGAAUGUAGACUUGAUUGUCCCUUAGGAUACACUCUGACACGCGCUACUGGAUCGCAACGUUUGGCGUGCGUUCCAUGUAAGGGCCCGUGUCGCAGCGAAUGCAAGGGAAUGGUCAUUGAAAGCAUAUCGCAAAUGCAACAAUUGCGCGGAUGUACGAUCAUUCAAGGAUCACUUUCGAUUAGGCUGCGCCAACUUGGAGGAGAAAACGUUGUACGUGAAUUGGAGAAAGUACUUUACUCAAUCGAAGAGAUCUAUGGUUACCUAACCAUUGUUCGUUCAUACGCCCUAAUGUCGUUGGGAUUUUUUCGAAAUCUUAAGAUUAUUCAUGGAACCGUUUUAAACGCGAAUCUGUCUUUGAGUGUGAUCGACAACCAGAACCUUCAGGAGCUAUGGAAUCAAAAUGUUACCAUUAAACGUGGCAAUGUUCGUUUUAAUGACAACCCUAUGUUAUGUGUUAAGAAGAUUACUUCUCUGAAAAGUCAUUUUGAUGAAGGUGUAGGCAUUGAAAAUGAAGAACAGUUAAACAAAACCAAUGGAGUCCGAGUGGCGUGUGAAAUAAAGAAACUCAACACACACCCGACUAAAAUUUCGUUGGAAUUAGCUGUCAUUCAGUGGGAUGCAUUUAAGGACCUACCCGAUAUGAGACAGUUACUCGGCUAUGUUGUAUACUAUAUUGAAGCACCACACGAAAAUGUUACGUUUUACGAUGGACGAGAUGCCUGCAAUUCUCAGGGAUGGCGGGUCGACGACGUAGCAUACAUACAGGAAAAUGAUGAUGCGACCCAUAUUCUAACGAAAUUGCAAGCUUUUACACAAUAUGCAUAUUAUGUUAAAACGUACACGCUAUCUUCAGAGAAUUUAGGUGGGCAAACGGAUAUCACAUAUUUUCGAACAUCUCCUGGGACACCGAGAAUCGUUAAAGAUUUACACGUUUACAUAGAUAAUGACACACUGAUUGUAUCAUGGCAGGAGCCAACCAAAAUCAAUGGAAAACUAUCAGCUUACAGAAUCGGCGCUACACUAAAUGACGAGCGUAAUGAAAUGAUCAGACAAAGGAAUUAUUGCCACGAUGAAAUUGAAAAACCCUCGUCCAAGCCAAACAUUCCCGCAGAGAGCACAUCAAUUGCUACCACGGUAGUACCGGCCAAAGACAACCAAAAUCAAUGUUCCAAGGAGGAGUGUGAGGCUUUCUGCAAAACAUCAAGCAUUUCAGAGUCAGAUAGCGGUCCGAAAAUAGAUAUAAAUGAGGUGGAGAUGUCAAUAGGUUUCGAAGACUGGUUACAUAAUUAUGUGUAUAUCAAAAAUCCAAAGUCCAGUCGAAAACGAAGAGAAGAUGGUAGCAGCAGUGUUUCAAUUCCGGUUGGGAACAAUUCGUACAUAUUUCCAUCAAACACUGAGAAUGCACCCAAGCAAUCUUCGAGUUAUCCUAUCCGAAAAGAACCCAACGAAGAGUAUUACCGCAGUCUUGGAGCUACAACUAAUCAAACAAGAAUAACGUUUCCUCUGUCACAUUUUAAACAUUUCGCUCUUUACUCUUUCCGGGUACUCGCUUGUCGUGAACCGGCUGCCAAAGUUCCUGGUGUUGUGGUGCAAGAUAUGGCGGAUGCUUGUGGCCCAGAAGCGAUGUUUAUAUACCGCACACCAACUAAGCCUGAAGCGGACGAUAUUCCAAUAGAUUCUAUAGAACUAGACGAUCAGUCUAAUCAUACGCAACGGGUUAUUCGUGUACGAUGGAAAGGUCCCUCAAAGCCCAACGGAGUGUUAGUGUCUUACUCGAUUAAGUACCAUCGAACUGACCUAGACUCAGUUCAGCCCACCGUGCGCUGUGUGACAGUGGAUGUGCACACACUUCUUGGCUAUGCUUUACUGACAAAACUAGAGGCAGGCAACUAUAGUGUUCGCAUUAUGGCUACAACAACGGCAGGCAAUGGUCCAUAUUCUCCGCCAAAAUUUCUGUAUUUAGAAAAACGCGACACAGAUUCUACCGUUGUAACCUGGUGGGUAAUCACUGCGACAAUACUAAUUAUUAUGGUUUUGGUCAUAGGUGUCGUCUACUAUUUGAAGCACAACUACAUACCGAUGUCGAACAUGCGGUUGUUUGCACAGGUCAAUCCCGAUUAUGCCGGAGUAACCUACAAAGUAGACGAAUGGGAAGUUCCCCGCGAACACAUAAUCCAACUAGAAGAGCUUGGACAAGGCUCGUUUGGUAUGGUUUAUAAAGGAAUCAUGACCAAACUCGGGAACGAUGUUAAUGUACCUUGUGCCAUUAAGACAGUAACGGAAAACGCCACCGAGCGAGAGCGCGAUAGUUUUCUCAUUGAAGCAACAAUUAUGAAAGAGUUUCACACCCACCACGUUGUGCGUCUUUAUGGCGUUGUAUCUGUUGGUCAACCGACGCUUGUGAUAAUGGAACUGAUGGCAAAUGGCGACUUGAAAAGCUAUCUCCGGCGUCAUCGGCCGGACUACGAAAAUGGCGAGGAGUCAUCUCCGCAACCUCCAACACUCAAACAGAUUUAUCAAAUGGCUAUAGAAAUUGCAGACGGUAUGGCAUACCUUGCAGCAAAAAAAUUUGUCCAUCGCGACUUAGCCGCUCGGAAUUGUAUGGUAGCCGAAGAUCUGACAGUAAAAAUAGGUGAUUUUGGCAUGACACGCGACAUAUACGAAACUGACUAUUAUAGAAAAGGAACAAAAGGUUUUUUGCCAGUAAGAUGGAUGGCUCCAGAAAGUUUAAAAGAUGGAAUGUUUUCGAGCAGCAGUGACGUAUUUAGCUAUGGCGUCGUUCUUUGGGAGAUGGCAACGCUAGCCUCCCAACCUUACCAGGGACUGACUAAUGAUCAAGUAUUGCGGUACGUGAUUGACGGUGGAGUAAUGGAACGUCCAGAAAACUGCCCGGAUAAGCUUUAUGAACUAAUGCGAAUCUGUUGGCAACACCGAGCUUCGGCGAGACCUUCAUUUAUAGAUAUCAUUCGUAUGUUGUUACCCGAUGCUAACGAUAAUUUUAAAAGAGUGUCUUUCUUUUUCUCGCCGGAUGCUAUGGAUAAUUCUAUCCAGCCUGGAAAUGAAUUGUUAGAUGAUGUUACCGAACCGUUGCGUGCUAAUGACGACGGUUUCGAAGAAGAUGAGGAUGAUGCAUAUUCUAUCGAAUUGACGGACAGCCGAUUAAUGCACAAUAAUGGUCCUAAACCAGACAUUCGUUCACCCCAUUCACCUCAGAGGUGAGCAAACGCUCCAGGGUGCUUAGCAUUCAUAUGGUUUACGAAUAUUUAGCCAUGUUAAAAACAAACAAAACAUAUCGGCCAGCACCAGUCAGGAAAGCCGAAAAUGAAGGAAAUGACGAAAUGCGAUAACGAUGCAAGUUAUGGAAGGAGAUCGGUGGUAUUGAUUAAGCAAGUGGAAACACUUUUCUUUUUAACCAAACAUUACGCAAUGGUGCCAACAAGCAUCUCUUCGCGAGAGUCGCAUGCAACAUCGCUUAACAAUCUAUUAGACUGUAGCACAAACGCAUCUAAAUCGAUGUAUCGUAUCCAACAAUUGAGCUCUUGACAAAGGGUCUAAGAACAUUGUAACAGGUUACAUUAUAGUUACAGAUUACAUUGCAUUCUCGUGAUCGAUCUUGUAUUCCUUCCCCACCAAUCCGUAUGAACACCUCAAACUAGUACGAAUUUUAGUAUAGCUAAGAGCAAACGGAGGAAUCACACUUCUAUGUAUUGGGCUGCUAGAAUUAGCGAUAUUUAUAUCCUUCGACCUGUCAAGGUAAAUCGUGAAAGGAGCGUUAUGUAGGUAACCAAUAGUCGGUGUGUCGAUCGCAAACAAAUGCCACUAUACUCUGUACCGAGAGUCCAAAAAACCCCUUAAUCAUUGUCGCCGUGCCUUCUGGCAUGAUACAAUUAAAAGAUUAUAAAAUCUUUUGUUACCAGUGCGCCUGACGGAGGAAACUCGAUACAGGUUAACCUGGAUUCCAUGAAAAUCCGUCAAGAGCGGUUUAUAUUAAUAUUUUCAAUUAUAUAUCCUCGGCAUACGAAACAAAUUUUAAGAGAGACGGAAUUAUAUCGGGUAAUACAAUUUUUCGCUUAGAGCAUGUGAGUGCGAUAGUUAAAAAGUUUCUUUUCUAUUUUUUCCUCGCAUAAUGGUCCUGAAAAUUUUAAUUUUUUAAUAGAAACAAUGCCUAAUUAUUGAAAAUUACUUUCAAUUUUGUUUUACGUUUUCCACAUAUUUUUUCAGUAAUCAUUGCAAAGCGUACUAAAGAGCAGCUAUUAAGUUUUUCAAAAUAAAAGUGUAUUCACAGAAGAUAGCUUAUUCAGACAGGCUUUCUACUUAUAUUAUGUAACGCGUUAUGUAAAGUAACAAAUGAGAUGUUUCCCCAAAUUUAAUUAUCUUGCAACAUAGUUUCGGCGUUACAAAGUUUUUUUUUCAAUGUUCUAUCUAAACUCUAGUACCUUUUUCAAUCGAAUCAAAUAGAGUACUCCGUAUGCCAAUUAUGAUAGACAAUCCUUAGUUAUAUUCGUGAGUCUUGUUUACCUGAUUUAUUCGCGAGCAUAUAGCAGCACAGUUAUAGCCAAGUUCAUACAAAACAUACAAAUUAGCACAAUAUUUUUCGCUUAAGUAUCAAAUAAUAUGAUAUAUACAUUAUUCGAGAGCAAGCAACCCCAUAGUAAUAAUGCACAUACGGUUUAAAUGUAAGAUAUAAUAACUAUAAUUUGAACUAAACAUCUUCACUACUAAGAACAGCUAAGGUAACGGUGCAUUCGAUUGAAACGUUGUAAAUAUAUGUAUCUGUCGGUAACAUUGGGGAAUUUCAGAUAAAUGUCAAUUACGGCAUUUUGAGGCUUGUAUAUGUUUACAGAUGACAUACAUAAAAUAUCGAAAUACCUAGUUGAUAGCUACCAACAUAUGUCUGCAAUAGCUCGGGCAAGAUACAAAAGCAAGAUACAUUUUAAACUGACAACGAAUUUAUGUUAAGAAAAUUCUAGUAUUGAUUGUACCAUUUGAGAGUUGACAAUGAUUUUUUUUUGGAGUCGGAGAAUUAAAUGCGAAUGAUACAGAUUGUGUUUCGUAAAUUUUGUGCGUCUUUAAAGUAAUAAAUAGUUUCUUACGGAAUGAAUGCAUGUUUAAACAAUGUAAAUAAACAGGAAGGACGACGAAGACAAGCAAAUAAAAACUAAAACAGGUA